AUGCAAGCACUUUUACAAAAGGCUACUUUCAAGUGGUAUCAGAGCUUAUUGCUAUACUAUCGACAAGUUAGGACAGUUCCAAAUCCGAAGAGAAAUCUGAAUCUUAGUGCUAUAUCCUUAAGGUCUGGCAAGCAACUAGAAGAGACCAAGCAAGCUGCAUUUGACAAGCAACUAGAAGGGCCCAAGCAAGCUACAUCUGAGACUAAACCAGCAUUAGAAAAAGAGGAGAUAGUGCAAGGGAAGCAAGGUCGUGAUGAGCCUGAGUUUUCCAUUCAUUUUCCUUUCCCUCAGAGAGCCAUCAAAUUCAAGAAACUGGCAGAGACAACACAAGAGAAAGAGAUCCUAGAGACGUUCAGAAAAGUUGCAAUUAAUAUUCCUCUCUUAGAAACAAUCAACCAGAUUCCUAAAUAUGCCAAGUUCCUGAAAGAGUUAUGUACCAACAAGAGGCGGCUAAAGGGGGAUGAAUUAGUAAGCGUGAGCCGAAACAUUUCUGCAGUCAUCCAGCCCAUGCCUGAGAAGUGCAAUGAUCCAGGGAUGUUUACUAUUCCUUGCCUUAUAGGAAAUUAUAAAUUUGAUGAUUGCAUGCUAGAUUUAGGUGCUUCCAUAAAUGUUAUGCCUAAAUUUGUUUAUGAUUCUCUUGGUCUUGGUCCUUUACAUGUCACUGCUGUUGUUAUCCAGCUAGCUAAUAGGAGUAGUUCUCACCUUACUGGUUUGAUUAAAGAUGUUUUAGUUAUGGUGAAUGAAUUGAUUUUCUCUCCUAACAGUAGGCUCCCAAUCAUUCUAGGAAGGCCUUUCAUAAAAACAGCUACGACUAAGAUAGAUGUAUAUACCCAUACUCUUUCCUUAGAAUUUGAUGAUAGUAUUGUGCAUUUUAGUAUCUUUGAUGCCAUGAAGCAUUCUAGGGUCAAGGUUGAGCAUUCAGUUUCAUGCAUUAAUGUGAUUCAUGAUGUGAAUAAUAAUGUUGAUACUGAUUUGAUUGUGGAUUCUACAUUACUUGUGGAUUCUGACUUGCCUACUGAUAAUAAUUCUGAUUAUAUGUGUGAUUUGAUUCUGUCUGCACGUAGUCCUAAAAAGGAAAUUGAUUAUGCAAAUAUGAAAUUGUACAGUUAA